UUUCCAUUUCAUCUUCUUCUCAAAAUCCUUUUUUUUAAUAAAAAAAAAAAAAAAAAACAAUAACCCAAUAAGAAUAUCAUAUCCAACAUGUGCGCAGUUGCAGCGACGACAACCACGAUGACUCCAAUUUUCUCGUCUCCAAAGAUCGCUUCACUUCUUUGCAAAUCCUCCUCUCUCAAUUCCUCUACCUCUUCAUCUUCGCCCAGAUCGUUAUCCACUCCAAUGAACCUUCAUGUUUCUGCAUCGUCUUCCCCGUCCCCCUCCUCUGUUUCCCAUGUUGAUACGGUUUUGAAGAGGAAGAGGCCCGCGAGAAUCCACGUGCCGCACAGUAUGCCGUCGAUUGGAUUUGGAAUACUCGAGACGCCGGAAGUGAUGGAGGAGGAAGGGGAAGGAUAUUCGGUUUAUUGCAAAAGAGGAAGAAGACGAAUCAGUGCUAUGGAGGAUCGAUUCUCAGUUAGCGUCGGAAUUCAAGGAGAUUCUCGACAGGCUUUCUUCGGAGUUUUCGAUGGACACGGUGGAGCGAAAGUGGCGGAAAUCGCGGCGAAACGUUUGAGUGAAAACGUAAUCGAUCAAGUAUGGAGAAGAACAGAAUCGGAAGUCGAGGAAGCGAUCAAAGACGGCUAUCUAAUGACGGAUCGGGAAGUAUCGGAGGAAGGCGGCGGCGCUUGUUGCGUCACUGCAUUGAUACGGAACGGGAAUCUGGCGGUGUCGAACGUCGGCGACUGUCGCGCGGUGUUGAGUCGAAACGGAAGAGCGGAAGCCCUAACCUCGGAUCACAGGGCGGGAAGAGAAGACGAGAGAAAUCGGAUCGAGAAAUCGGGCGGUUAUGUGGAUUGUUGCGGUGGUGGAUGGAGAGUUCAAGGAACAUUAGCUGUAUCAAGAGCCAUGGGAGAUGAGCAUCUGAAACAGUGGGUGAUAUCGGAGCCGGAGUCGAGAGUGAUGAAGAUUGAAGAUGAUUGUCGUUUCUUGAUUCUUGCUUCUGAUGGUCUUUGGGACAAGGUUACAAAUCAAGAAGCAGUAGACAUGGUAGAAGCAGUCUGUGGCGUAGAGAUAAAGAAGAAUAGGCCAAUUAAUCCGAAAUUAAUAAUGUCAGCAUGCAAACAAUUGGUGACAUUGUCAACAUCAAGAGGCUCCCUCGACGACACCACUGUUAUGAUCAUUCAACUAAAUUAGUCCCUUCUCAUAAUUAAUUAAUUAACUCCUAAUUUUAAUCUAAUCAAUGGCUAUGACUAAGAUUAAUUAAGGGCUUCCUUUUUAGAAUCCCCACUUGCUGAAGACGCAGUAAGAAUAAGAAAAAUAACGCCGGUCCGGUUUGGCAACUUUGAUAUAUUUUGGCUUGACAUUUUCCUUUCUUAACAGUCAAAAUCUUCCAACUAACCAAUUGGAGAUUUGUGGUUAAAUUUUUUGCUUAAUUUUCAUAUAGUUUUCAUUUUAAUUUGUUACUUUUGGUAAGACUCACUCCUUAAGUUGUAGAUUAUAUUUCAUUAAUAAGAGGGAUCAACUUUCAUUCA